CCUGCUACCUUCCGAGUGACUACCCUGCUUUACGCGCCUUUCUUCAGACUCCAUCAUCAACAUGAGCGCAGAGCCAGACCACACCCACGACAAGAAGAGGGUUAACCUCAAUGACCCCUCGGGCGCCGAGAAGAAAGAGGAGCUCGACACUUCUACUGCUAUUCUCAAGAAGAAGAAGAAGCCCAACUCUCUGAUUGUCACCGAUUCCGUUAACGAUGACAACUCCGUCAUUGCCCUCUCCAACAACACGAUGGAGACCCUCCAACUCUUCCGCGGUGACACCGUUCUCGUGAAGGGCAAGAAGCGCAAGGACACGGUUCUGAUUGUCUUGGCGGACGAUGAUCUUGAUGACGGCAGCGCUCGCAUCAACCGUGUUGUAAGACACAACCUCCGUGUUAAGCACGGCGACAUGAUCACUGUCCACCCCUGCCCCGACAUCAAAUAUGCCAAGCGUAUUGCCGUCCUCCCCAUUGCCGACACUGUUGAGGGCCUCACUGGCUCCCUCUUCGAUGUCUACCUUGCCCCCUACUUCCGCGAAGCCUACAGACCCGUCAGACAGGGAGACCUGUUCACAGUACGAGGAGGUAUGCGACAGGUGGAGUUCAAGGUUGUUGAGGUCGAUCCCCCAGAGUACGGUAUCGUGGCCCAGGACACGAUCAUCCACUGCGAGGGCGAGCCCAUCCAGCGUGAAGACGAGGAGGGCAACCUCAAUGAGGUCGGUUACGAUGACAUUGGUGGCUGCCGCAAGCAGAUGGCUCAGAUCCGUGAGUUGGUCGAACUGCCUCUGCGCCAUCCCCAGCUCUUCAAGUCCAUCGGUAUCAAGCCCCCUCGUGGUAUCCUCAUGUACGGUCCCCCCGGUACCGGCAAGACCUUGAUGGCUCGUGCUGUUGCCAACGAGACUGGUGCUUUCUUCUUCCUGAUCAACGGUCCCGAGAUCAUGUCCAAGAUGGCUGGUGAGUCCGAGUCCAACUUGCGCAAAGCUUUCGAGGAGGCCGAGAAGAACUCCCCGGCCAUCAUCUUCAUCGAUGAAAUCGAUUCCAUCGCCCCUAAGCGUGAGAAGACCAACGGAGAGGUCGAGCGUCGUGUUGUCUCCCAGCUCUUGACCCUCAUGGACGGUAUGAAGGCCCGCUCGAACGUCGUCGUCAUGGCCGCCACCAACCGCCCCAACUCCAUCGACCCUGCCCUUCGUCGUUUCGGCCGUUUCGAUCGUGAAGUCGACAUUGGUAUCCCCGACCCCACCGGCCGUCUCGAGAUUCUGUCCAUCCACACCAAGAACAUGAAGCUGGGUGAUGAUGUUGACUUGGAGACGAUCGCUGCCGAGACCCACGGUUAUGUCGGUUCCGAUCUUGCUUCUCUGUGCUCCGAGGCUGCCAUGCAGCAGAUCCGUGAGAAGAUGGACCUGAUUGACUUGGAUGAGGACACCAUCGAUGCCGAGGUUCUCGACUCCCUGGGUGUCACCAUGGAGAACUUCCGUUACGCUCUUGGUGUCUCCAACCCCUCCGCGCUGCGCGAGGUUGCUGUCGUCGAGGUUCCCAACGUCCGUUGGGAGGAUAUUGGUGGUCUCGAGGAGGUCAAGCGCGAGCUUAUCGAGAGCGUCCAGUACCCUGUGGACCACCCCGAGAAGUUCCAGAAGUUCGGUCUCUCGCCUUCUCGUGGUGUGCUGUUCUACGGUCCUCCUGGUACUGGUAAGACCAUGCUUGCCAAGGCCGUGGCUAACGAGUGCGCUGCCAACUUCAUCUCUGUCAAGGGUCCGGAGUUGCUGAGCAUGUGGUUCGGUGAGUCCGAGAGCAACAUCCGUGAUAUCUUCGACAAGGCUCGUGCCGCCGCCCCUUGCGUCGUCUUCCUCGACGAGUUGGAUUCUAUUGCCAAGUCCCGUGGUGGAUCUGUUGGUGAUGCUGGCGGUGCUUCCGACCGUGUUGUCAACCAGCUCCUGACUGAAAUGGAUGGUAUGACCUCCAAGAAGAACGUCUUCGUCAUUGGUGCCACGAACAGACCCGAGCAGCUGGACGCUGCUCUGGUCCGUCCCGGUCGUCUGGAUACCCUGGUCUACGUUCCUCUGCCCGACCAGGCCUCCCGUGAGAGCAUCCUCAAGGCCCAGCUCCGCAAGACGCCCGUUGCUCCCGAUGUCGACAUCGCUUUCAUCGCCAGCAAGACCCACGGCUUCUCCGGUGCCGAUCUUGGUUUCGUGACUCAGCGUGCUGUUAAGCUUGCUAUCAAGCAGUCGAUCAGCGCCGACAUCGACCGCAUGAAGCAGCGCGAGGCCCAGGGUGAGGACGUCAAGAUGGAUGAUGAGGAGCUGGAGGAGGAGGACCCGGUGCCCGAGCUGACUCGUGCUCACUUUGAGGAGGCGAUGAAGUCGGCCAGAAAGUCGGUCAGCGAUGUGGAGAUCCGCCGCUACGAGGCUUUCGCGCAGAGCUUGAAGAACUCUGGCGGCAGCACCUUCUUCCGCUUCCCCUCGUCGGGCGAGGUGGCGGACAACAACACUUUUGGCGAAGCCGGCAAUGAUGACAGCCUCUACGACUAAACUGUAUUUUCAUGUUCUGUUUCUACGCACUAAGUUAGAUAAGCGGGGUGAGCCUCGACUCAAACACGUUGGUUGACUUUUGUUAUUAUUUUCUCUCUGGUGCUAAGAUAGCUGUGAUCUAAUAGCCUAUGAAUUCGGGUGUGGUAGAUAUUGCGUGUGUGCAAAAUC